AAAUACUAAUGUGAUCCUUAUGAAGUCAAUAAGUGUAUUGUUUUCCUGUUACUAACAUUUCCCACACAGUAAAAUCACUGAAACUCAUAAAUAUUCAAAGAACAAAAAAUCUUUUGAUAUGUGGCGUGGGUUAAGGUUCAGUCAGGACCCGUAUGGUGGGCUGGCGCAGUGACGUCACUCGCAAGGCUUUCGGAAACUUGCCUCUCACACGUCACCGGCAGGACAACUGGCCUAAAUACCCUCUGCUCUAAAGCGCAAGGAGCAAUGCGAAAUAAAACAGAAAUUCUGCAUCCAUUCGUGUUCAAAACGCCAUCGGCUCAUGCAUAGAUCAGUAUGAAGCGCAAGAGCGAGCGACGGAGCGAGUCGAGCAAAAGACUCUGCGCCUCACUGAGGGACGAGACCCAGAGCGAUGUUUACAUCCACAUCACAGAUCAGCUGUAUUUUGCUGUUGUCCAUCAGAAGUUGAGGACUUCACCUGACAGACAUUAUUUUUGCAUUGAUGAAGAACUCGCUUAUGAAAACUUCUAUGCAGACUUUGGCCCGCUCAACCUGGCCAUGUUUUAUCACUUCUGUUGCAAACUCAACAAGAAACUGAAGUCUUGUGCUCUUUCAAAGAAGAAGAUUGUGUUUUAUACGUGUGGUGACAGAAAGAAACAGGCCAAUGCUGCGUAUUUGAUCGGCUCAUAUGCUGUCAUGCAUCUACAGAAAACCCCAGAAGAAGCCUACAGUCUUCUGCUCUCUCAAAAUGCAUCUUACCUUCCUUUUCGAGACGCAUCUUUUGGAUCCUGCAUGUACAAUCUGAAUAUUCUUGACUGUCUGCGGGCUGUUCACAAGGCACUUGAGUUCGGCUGGCUGGAUUUCUCAAAGUUCAACGUGGAUGAAUACGAACACUACGAGAGGGCAGAGAACGGAGAUUUUAACUGGAUCAUUCCAGGGAAGUUUCUGGCCUUCAGCGGUCCUCAUCCAAAAAGCAAAAUUGAGAACGGUGCGUGUGGAGCAGAGUCUGUCGAAACCGUGUCCCGGAUGAGAACGGCAAUGCGCACUUCCGUCUCCGUCCUGAGAUACCCUCUUCACGCCCCUGAAGCGUAUUUCCCGUACUUCAGGAAGCACAACAUCACCACCAUCAUCCGUCUCAACAAGAAAAUGUACGACGCCAAACGUUUCACAGAUAUGGGCUUCAGCCAUCAUGACCUGUUCUUUGUGGACGGCAGCACGCCCAAUGAUGUCAUCGUCACCAAGUUCCUGAACAUCUGUGAGAAUGCAGAAGGAGCGAUCGCCGUUCACUGUAAAGCGGGUUUGGGCCGGACAGGUACCCUGAUCGCCUGUUAUAUGAUGAAACACUUCAGACUAACAGCAGCUGAAGCCAUCGCAUGGAUCCGGAUCUGCAGACCCGGUUCAGUCAUCGGACCUCAGCAGAACUUCACUGAAGGGAAGCAGUCGAGUCUCUGGGCCGAGGGUGAUCUGUACCGGCGAAAAAUAAAUGAGCAGGAGAACAGCUCCAGCAGAACUGCAGUGUCUGGAAUCCUGUCAGGGGUUGAAGACAUCUCCAUCAAUGAAACGAACAAGAACAUAUCGCAGAGAAAAACUUCCGAAUCCCACACCGAGGAAGAGGACGAGGACUGCGGCGUUCCCACACAAGGUGACAAACUCAGAGCUCUGAAGGGCACGAGACAGUCUAGAGCAUCAACGGGUUCAUUAUCGUUGGAAGAAAACAAAAUUCACACCAAGUCAGCAUCAAAGUCUUUAAGUUCAGAGAAAAAGAGAAGGACUCGAGGUUCGCUUGGAUCAAACCGAGCCAGCAGACGAUCUCUGUCCAGAAGAAGGAAAUCGCUUCACGCAAUCCCAUCGACACGCUUUCAGAGAGCAUGGUAUCCACUUUCCUUCUCUUUUUCUUUAUCUUGGUCCUGCUUUAAAGUCCUCUGCUUCUGUUGAUCGAGCAUGUGCAUGCGCGUCUGUCCAUCUGCUCUUCUUUACACCACGUGUUGAUUUGCUCUGUGAUGUUCACAAGUGUCUCUCUUGUUUUUCCAGUAACUCCAUCUCCAAAGCUCGCGCUCCUCUCCUGCGCUGAAGGCCGGCGCCACAUUUGGUUUUUAGUGCUUGUUUUGUCCGACCGCUCGACACUGAACAAUAUUCUAUGAGGAACUGUGUUAAAGGAAAAAGUCAGCAAAUGUCAACCAUUUUUAUUUGACUAAGAGAGAGUUUUUUAAUCGGAGCUUUGAGCAUCUAAAGUUUAGAGUUUUUAUGUCGUUGUAAAUAUCAUGUCAGAAUCCUGCCUUCGCUCUUAUGUUACUAAACCUUUAAAGAUGUUUUAAAUACUGUAUGCAGCGCUUUAUUCUACACCUACAGCCAUAUGUGACGCAUCUAAUGUGAAUCUCUCUCUGUGAAUCAUGACUGAAAGGCCACGUGUAACACUUAAAGGGACUGUUGUUGUUUUUUCUUCUUGUAAAUAAUGCACAUACCUUUAUUUUGAUGACCAAGUGAAUUUAAACCCUGAUGGUUUCAUAUAUAUAUAUAUAUAUAUAUAUAUAUAUGAAAGGAUCUAAAUCAUUCUCAUUUCAAUAAAUCCUUUCUGU